UAUAUUCAAGGUUGGCUAAGGAGUGAAAAUAUGGAGUUAGAAUAGUGCUUAAUAUCUCUGCCAUAUAAUAUACUUACUCAAGGUGACCAAGUUUGAUGUAGUUAGAAUAGUAAGGGAAAAUAUGGAGAUGGUCAAGAGGGUUUUGGUAUGAGCCUAAGAUAGCUGAGUAGUGUCUCUCCAAAUACCCUUCAGCUUCACCACAUAGCCUUAUAAGAUGGGAUCUUUUUUCUUGCAAAUACCCUUCAGCUUCGGCUUCAAGAAAACAUACAACUUGGCCAUGGGCAGGGGUCAAUAUUUAUGGCCAAUUGUAUAAACAUACAACUUGUUUUGAUAUUAACUAAGUUGUAUAAACAUAUUUAUAAAAUUAUCAAUGCUUGUGCUGUGCAGGGGUUGCUGUGUUAGGCGGUGAUUGCUGCUCCUGCGUUAGGCGGUGAUUGCUGCUCCUGCGUGUUGCUUGUGCUGUGCAGGGGCUGGUGUUGCUCUUUUUUGGUGUUGUCAUCUUUGUUUGAAGUUAGAAGGUUCAAUCACGGUCUCAUCUACAGAUACGAUAUGGCUGAUUCAACCGACAACUCUGCUGAAACUAGUCAACGUAAUAAAAAAAGUGUUAGAGGUCCCACUAUGUUGAAAGCAAUUGAAAACGUUCGUAAAACGGGUAUAAAGAUCCCUCUCCAGUUUGAUCUAGAAACUGGAGAGUGUUAUGGUAACAAUGCCUCCCAUUUUAAGAGUUACGUAGCACUUCUUACUCGAGAAAGAUGCAGUAUUGCGAAAGAGUUGUGGAAACAUAUACCUGAAGGAGUAAAAAAUGCUAUGUGGACAGAUAUUAAGGCUAUUUUUGUUAUACCCGAGUUUGAUGAUGCAAAAAGGAAUGAUCAUUUUAAGAAAAUAUGGUUUCACUAUGCGGCGGAGCGGUGGAAAGAUUUUAAAUCACGGUUGACUAGAACUUAUAUCACAGACCCCAAACCAGAUGACGUUCCUCCAUACGUCAAGUAUCCUUACAUCAAAAAAGAUAUAUGGGAAGAGUUUGUGAAGUAUCGACAGACCUCUGAUUUUAAGGAAAAAAGUCAAAAGGGUAGGGAGAAUCAUGCAAAGAAUGUUUACCCACAUGUAUUAUCCCGUGGAGGGUAUAAGAGGCUCGAGGAGCAGAUGAUCAAUGAAAAGAGAUUGUCCUUAUCGAAAGAUAGUUCUGGCUUAACUGAUGAUGAUCGUCAUCCAUCUCCACCGGAACGCUAUGAGACAUGGACGAGAGCACGACAAAAGAAAGGGGGAGAAUUCACAUCCGAGCCUGUAAAAAAAGUUGCUGAGAAAAUUGAGAAAAUUGUUGAAGACUCAAAAAAGGGUGACUUUGUUCCAACGAGACGUCACGAUGUCCUAACAGAAGCCAUUGGAACACCUGAGCAUGGUGGUAGUGUUCGUGGUGUUGGAAAAAAACAUAACAUUACCACUUACUGGGGAAGAUCAAAGGUUUCACGUCAAAGUCAAGGUAUAGAUGUCAAAGAACAACUAGCAGCAUUUAAAGCAGAUUUGGAAGCUAAGUUUGAGGAAAAGUUGGCGCAAGAGCGUAAGAUGAUGCAAGAUUCUCUUAUGGAGACACUAAAGUCCACGGGUUUAUCCCAAACCUCUGAUACAAAUAAUAGAGUCAUGGUACCUGAAGCGCAAACUGAACAACUUGUUGUCACCGGAAGCGCAAAAGGGAGUUGUUCUCCUGCACCGGUCAAGAUGCAAAAUGAACUCAAGGAGGUUGUUGUCACUGAAAGCGCAAAAGGAAGUCGUUCUCCUGCACCGAAUUAA